AAAAAACCGAGCAUUCUUCUUUUCUUUUCUGUUUCGUUUUUCUUUUUUUUAAUUAUUUGUAAACAUGACUUCUGUACUUGACCAACUUAAAGAAUAUACAACCGUUGUCGCCGAUACUGGUGACUUUGAAACUAUCGCUGAAUACAAACCUCAAGAUGCAACCACAAAUCCCUCUUUGCUUCUAUCUGCUUCUCAAAAGUCUGAAUAUGCAAAGCUCAUGGAUGAAGCUAUUGAGUUCGGUAAAAAGAAGGGAGGUUCUCUUGACGAACAAGUCAGCUGGGCAUUUGACAGAUUAUUGAUCAACUUUGGUAAAGAAAUUCUCAAGAUUGUUCCCGGUCGUGUCUCCACUGAAGUCGAUGCUCGUCUCUCAUUUGAUAAAGAAGGAACUGUUGAAAAGGCCAAGCGAUUGAUCGCUUUAUACAAGGAAGAAGGUAUUGACAAAGACCGUGUCUUGAUCAAGAUUGCCUCUACUUUUGAAGGUAUUCAAGCUGCUCAUGAACUUGAGACCAAGCACGGUAUUCACUGUAACUUGACUCUCUUGUUUGGUUUCCCUCAAGCUGUUGCCUGUGCUGAAGCUGGUGUUACUUUGAUUUCUCCUUUUGUCGGCCGUAUCUUGGACUGGUACAAGGCCUCUACUGGCAAGACCUAUUCCGGUACUGAAGAUCCUGGCGUUGUCUCUGUCUCCAAGAUCUACCAUUACUACAAGCAAUUCGGAUACAAGACCAUUGUCAUGGGCGCUUCCUUCCGUAAUACUGACGAAAUCAAGGAAUUGGCUGGUUGCGAUUUCCUUACUAUCUCACCCAAACUAUUGGCAGAACUCAAGGAAGAUAAGGGCAAGUUGGAACGUAAAUUAAACCCCAAGGGAGAUGAAAAGUUGGACAAAGUAUCUUAUUUCAAUGAUGAAAAGUCUUUCCGUUGGGAAAUGAAUCAAGAUGCCAUGGCUACAGAGAAACUUUCUGAAGGUAUCCGUAAUUUUGCCAGCGAUGGUCAAAAGUUGGAAGACACUUUGAGAUCCAAAUUGCAAUAAAUAAAAGUUUGUAUAUAUAUAUAUCUAUAUAUCUA